UUAUUCCUUCUUUCAGAUUUCUUCUCUCUCUCUCUCUCUCUCUCUCUCUACAUUUUCCUUCUCAAGAACUGGUCCCAACACCUUCUUCAGAUCCAAAAUCUCCAAUUUCUUUUCAAGUUUUCUCUGCUUCAUCAAGAUCCAAGUCUUUUCAUGCCUUUUCAACACUACCCGUUUUCUCAUUUCAGCUCUUUCAGCCUCUGUGCUCUGUUUUAUGGAGUCAUGACUUGUUCAAUGAGUCAAUUCAUGGUGGGUUUUUGAAGAGGAAGUUCUAAGACUUUGUGGGUUCAAGGUAUUGAAGCAAGUAUGCAGUGUACGAGCUUCCUCCCGGGAUGCUACUCCAGUAGAGAUCUUAAUGCGAGUGCUAAUGGUGGUGCAUGGCCCCUAUAUGAUAAUGAUAUAACCUUGAUGAAUGGCCAUUCCUACAAUCUUUUCUUGCCACCACCAACGAAAGACCAAUUUGGAGUCAGUGACAAGGAAGUAUUGAGGCAGAUGAUGCUCAAGCAUGAAUCCAUAUUUAGAGAUCAGGUCCAUGAACUCCACCGCCUUUAUAGAAGACAACAGGAAUUGAUGGAUGAAAUCAAAAGGAGGGAGCUAUCUACGCACAACAACCGGCUUCAGACAUCUCACUCCAGCUCUUUUUUGUUUAAAAUUUCAUCCGAGGCUGCCCAGAGGACAUGGCAAACCGCGAGCUUACCCUGGGUAAAUCCUGCUGCUAAUAGAUUACCAGUUUUGAGUUCUGAAAACUUCCUAUCAACGUCAAGUUUUCCCGUGCGGAGGAACGUGCAAGCGGGUCCCAAUACUGCCCAAACAGAACACAGUUUAAAAGACUGCAAAUUGUUGCAAUCCAAUUGUGAGAAGCCUAGAAAGAAAAUGUUGGACCUUGAACUUCCGGCUGAGGAAUACAUCGAUAGUGAAGAGGAGAAUGAGUUUGGAGAGGGAAAGGUUUCUGAAGUACCUGCAGUGCCAUUUUAUCCACCAAAGAGAAUGAUAGAGGUUUCCGAGAAGAGUCAUUUAAAACUGUUUCAUUGUGGUGAUCAAGGAGGUUUUUCUAGUCUUGAUUCUCUUUCUAGGAGGACCAAUGAUUUGGCUGACUUGAAUGAACCUAUCAGACUUGAAUCACUCCCGUGCUUUAAUGUUCCCGUGCCAUUUAGUAAGAGUACUAAUUCAUCACCGGCAAGCCCUCCGGUUAAUGGAAACAAGUUCCAUUGUAGCGGAGAUUUUAGAAGUAGCCCAGGUGUUGGAAAUGUGUGCCAAAGUGGAAACAGUUUUUGUGUCAGUUCCCAGUCAGAUUCCAGGAUGGAGGAUUGCUUGUCCUUGAUAGGCUUUAAUCAUCCGAAGCGUUCAAGUGAUAGGAAUAUGAAUUUUGGGAUUAUGGACUUGAAUAUGCCUCCUAGCUGUGUUCUAGACUCAGAAGUGUCUGAACAAAAUGUCAGGACUCAAAAUGGAGUAAAGAAGCUUGAAGAUUCACGAGCAAUGUUGUCUGGGUCCACUGCAAAGCCUGAUUGCAGUAACAAACCGGACAAGGAAAGGGAAGAUUUAUCCCAGACAGAUUUGGGUUUUUCACAAGCUUUUCCAACAUCUGUCUGUGAUGUUGAGCCAAAGAGGUUCAAGACUACCGAUGAAUCAGAAAAUAUUGACAUUAAAAGUAACGAGAAAGCUACCCGGGGUAGCUAUCAUGUACUUGACUCAGGAAAACAUUGCACAACAAAAGAUCAAUCUUUAGAUGUUGUAGUUGAUAGUAAGCUUUCAUGGGCUAGAAAUCAAAUUGACUUGAACUCAUGCAUAGACGAUGUAGACGAGUCUUCUCCAAUGUUUUCCAUUCCAAAGGUCCUCAUUGAAACGGUGACGGAAAUAGAUCUUGAAGCGCCUGUUAGUCCUGAAAACAAGGAGUCCUCUCCGCCUAGAGGUGAAUCAGAGGAGAACCAACUCGAGACGCCUAUCCGGUUGUCAAAGCCCAUGGAUAGGGACACGAAUGAUGAUGAACUUGCAUUCAAGACAGCAGCAGAGGCUAUAGUCUUGAUUUCUACACCCGGGUUUCAAAAACCGUUAAUCAAAAACACUGUUUGUGAAGCAUCGGAAGUUUCUCUUGGUGACUCCCUACAUUGGUUUGCCGGGGUAGUUUCUUCUGUGGCCGAUGAUCAUGAAAAUGAGGACAGUGACGAUCGACACGAGCUUUUGUCUGAUGUGAGUGAUUACUUUGAAGCCAUGACAUUGGAGCUAACUGAGACAAUAGUGGAAGACUAUCGGUGUAAGAACAAUGGACAAAAUGAGGAAGAAACUGGGGCAAAUUUAUUGCCGAGUCAACCAAGGAGGGGUCGGGCAAGGAGGGUGAGACAGCGAAAGGACUUCCAAUCUGAAAUUUUACCGUCCCUUGCCUCUCUAUCGAGGCAUGAGGUGACUGAGGAUCUUCAGAUGAUUGGAGGGCUGAUGGAGGCUGCGGGUUUUCCAGUGGGAACAUGUUUGGGAAGAAGAAAUUCGGGUAGAAAUGGGUGUUCAAGAUCAAGAAGGCGGUCAAGUAAUUCGAUUUGCCCAGUUUUGAAGCCAGAAAACAAUGAAAGUGAGUUGGGUUUUGGAGAGAAGAGCCUGCAAGGUUGGGGGAAGAUGAAUAGGCGGCGAAGGGGGCCGAGGAUUCCAGCAAGUAAUCGUCGGCUUAUAUUCGUUUAAGAGUGUAUUAGUGACUGAUUUAGGAGAGAGAGAGAGAGAGAGAGAGGAGUGGGGUGGAUUUUGGUUUUACUAUAAGAUGGUAAGAAAGAAGAACAUGGUUGCAUGGCUUCUGAGACAUGGGAUUGUUUUGUACAUGUCAUUUUAGGCCAAAAAUUAAGUUUUAGGCCUCUUUGUAUAUGAAAGUUUACAACCAUCUUGUGUGCAAAUAUAUAUAUGUACAUACUACUGAGUAGAAAA